UUCCAUACCACCUCGUAUCUUCCAUCCAUUCUCAAAGAGUCAAAACCCUAAUCGGAUCGCACGUCGCCUCUGCACUUCCAAGGAAAAUGAGUAGCCGUGCGAGCCGAACUCUCUAUGUCGGCAAUCUUCCCGCGGAUAUUCGUGAGCGAGAAGUGGAGGAUUUGUUUUACAAGUAUGGACGCAUAGCCCACAUUGAUCUGAAGGUCCCACCAAGGCCUCCGGGUUAUGCAUUUGUUGAGUUUGAAGAUGCUCAAGAUGCUGAAGAUGCCAUUCGGGGUCGUGAUGGUUAUGAUUUUGAUGGGCAUCGGCUACGGGUGGAACUUGCACAUGGUGGCCGUGGACAUUCAUCAUCAAGAGAUCGUUAUAGUACUCAUAGCAGUGGUGGUCGGAGUGGACGUGGUGGAGUAUCCAGGCGCUCUGAAUUCCGUGUGCUUGUCACUGGAUUGCCUCCUUCUGCUUCAUGGCAAGACCUUAAGGAUCACAUGCGACAAGCUGGGGAUGUUUGUUUUUCACAAGUUUUCCGUGAUGGUAGUGGCACGACGGGGAUCGUGGAUUACACAAACUACGAAGACAUGAAGUAUGCAGUAAAAAAGCUUGAUGACUCUGAGUUUCGGAAUGCAUUUUCUCGGUCCUAUGUCCGUGUUAGGGAAUAUGAUUCAAAGAGGGAUGCCUCUAGAAGCCCUAGUCGCGGUCGAUCCUAUUCGAAAGGCAGAAGCUAUAGCCGCAGCCGUAGUCGUAGCCGAAGUGUCAGUCGGGGCAGGAGCAAGAGCAAGUCUCCCAAGGCCAAAUCUUCGCGCCGCUCACCUGCUAAAUUGCGGUCAAGGUCUGCUGAGAGAUCUCGCUCUCGCUCUGCUUCAAAGUCUCGUUCUAUGUCAGGAUCUCGAUCAAGAUCCAGAUCUCCAUUGCCUUCGCGUCCGAAAAGGAAGAGUAAAAGCCCAAAGAGGCGCAGUGCUAGCAGGAGCCCAAGCAGGAGCAGGAGCAGGAGCAAGAGUUUGUCCAGGUGAGAUCUGAUUGCAGCUGAUAAGUUAAUUCCUGAAGCUUUUAUGAGGGUGAGGUUUUUCAACUUUUGCCAGUAAAAAUUAUCACUGCUAAGCAGUAGUGUAGACCUAUCAUGAACAGACUUGCAGACUGGAGUUUGUAGUUGGAUUUAAAAUAGUCAACGUGUUUUCUGAAUCUUUGCAAAUCAUUGUUGGAUUGAAACUUGGAACAUUUACCGUAUUUGUAUUGCACGUGAUUUGCUAAAUUCCAUAUUUCCUUAUUUUUAGGGUGGUUGAUGUU